AUGGCCGUCCUCAAGCACUGCGUCUGGCUCCUCUUUGCCGCCGGCAACGCUGCCCUUACCUCUGCCAAGACCACCGCCCACAACUUUACGCAGACGGCGAUCGACAAUGGAGAUGCCCUCGCUCAGCUCUCGGCGCAGGCUCUCGAGGUCUCCAAGGCACUGAACCAGCGGAUGGGAAUCAACUCGACCUGCACGCCCGACAAGCUGCGCGUACGGAAAAGAAUGCGCAAGGCGUACGUCGCUGCGGUCAAGUGCCUCCAGUCCUCCCCUACGCUGUUGAACUCCACCGAGCUUCCGGCUGCAAAGUCACUAUACGACGACUUUGUCCUGACACAUCUCAACCAGACUGGAAUGAUUCACGUCACAGCGAACUUCCUCCUUUGGCAUAGACACUUCACUUACACGUACGAGGAAAACCUCCGCAACGUCUGCGGCUACACCGGAACCUUCCCCUACUGGGAAUGGGGUCUCGACGUCGAAGACCCAGCCAACAACGGCGGCGGCUGCGUCGAGACCGGUCCCUUUUCCGAUAUGGUGGUCCACGUCGGGCCCCGGCUGCUGUGGCAGUAUGGCACCACGACGCCGCUGAGCGUUGACAAGCCGACUGAGGACCACCCUCGCUGCCUGACGCGUGAUCUUAAUAAGCACAUUGCUUCUCGAUACUCUUCGCUGCGGAACACCACCGAGUUGAUCCUCGGCAAUGACAACAUUGAGUGGUUCCAGGCUGUUGGCGUUCACGGAGGAGGUCACUACACGAUCGGAGGUGACCCCGGCGCGUAUCCCUUCAUCUUCCCCGGCGAGCCGGUCUUCUUCUUGCACCACGCGCAAGUCGACCGCGUCUACUGGAUCUGGCAGAUGCUUGACUUUGCCAACAGACAGGACAUUUUCGGCACCAGGACACUACAGAACAACCCGCCGAGCGCAAACGCCACCUUGGACGACCUUAUUGACAUUGCUCCCAUCGGCGGAUCGGCCAAGCUCAGAGACCUGAUGAACACCGUCGGAGGAUCUCCGUUCUGCUACGUCUACGAAUAG